GUUCCAUGGUUUUAAAGGGCACGAUGCUAGCGUGCAUCAUACUGCUAUGCCUUCAAGGGGUUCUUUUCGCAGAUUGCCCAGCUGGAAGCUUCAUGUCAGCUGACGGCUGUGAGGAAUGCGGAGUUGACCAUUACAGUGCUGCAGGAGCUACAUCCUGCACCCCCUGUCCUGGCGGACAGUUAUCACAAAAGGGAUCUGAUUCUGUGAACGAUUGUUAUGAUGAGGCUGAUGCUGCUGGCGAGGAAAUUAUUUAUUUAUUAGAUAAAGUCACUGUAAAAGAGUACUUUACUAAAAAGGGUGUGAUUGAAGAGGAGGGUCCAACCACAACCAUUAACAAAGGGUACGUAUGUCCGGAGGGACAAACAAAGUGUGGCGAUAUUGACGAAUGUGUUCCCAACAGUGGUCUAUGUAAUGGAGGUCCUGCGUGUUCAAAUGGUUUUGAUGAAUCAGCGGAGUUUUGCACAAGUUUUGAAUGCCCUGCUGAACAGCAGAAGUGUGCGGAUGGAAUCCAGUGUUUUCCUUCAUCUGGAAAAUGUGAUAAAUUUAGAUAUCCUCACUGUAACGACAAGUCCGACGACGUGGGCUGCGCUUGUAGAGAUGGCGAAAUGAUGUGUGCUGACGGAAAUGGAUGUGCUUCCUAUCUAAAAAAGUGUGACGGUCACGCACAAUGUGCUGACGGGUCCGAUGAGAGUGACGACAUUUGCUAUGUUUCUGGUGAAUGCUCGAUCGGCACGAAAAAGUGCGUCAGUGGUGACCAGUGUGUCGCUAAAGGGUCAACAUGUGACGGAAGUAUCAAUUGUUUAGACGGAUCGGAUGAAGAUCCGGAUUUCUGUAUAACCUACGAGUGUCCGGGGUACCAAAAGAAGUGUGAUGGUAAUAAAUGUCUGCCCGUAUGGGAUCUGUGUGACUCAAAGCCAAACUGUAAGGAUGGAUCGGACGAAGAUCCUGCAUUCUGUGCUGCCUACGAGUGUCCGGCAGCCAAAAAGAAGUGUGCGGACGGUAUGCAAUGCCUUCCUAAGAAAUUCUUCUGUAAUGGUAAAACACAGUGCACUGACGGGUCAGAUGAGUCCGAGGAAGAAUGCGCAGAGGAAAAAGGAGGAGGAGAAACAGUCAUUGAGCACGGAAAAGGAAAAGGAAAACAAACGAUUGAAAAGGGUGAAAGAGUUAAAGGAGUGACGGAUCAAGAAAGCCGAAGGGGGCCACCAGAGCCAGUAGACCCAGAGCCAGUUGUCCCAAUAGAUCCAGAGCCAGUAGACCCAGAGCCAGUGGUCCCAGUAGACCCAGAGCCAGUAGUCCCAAUAGACCCAGAGCCAGUAGUCCCAGUAGACCCAGAGCCAGUAGUCCCAGUAGACCCAGAGCCAGUAGACCCAGAGCCAGUAGUCCCAGUAGACCCAGAGCCAGUUGUCCCAGUAGUCCCAAUAGACCCAGUCCCAGUAGACCCAGAGCCAGUAGUCCCAGUAGACCCAGAGCCAGUAGUGCCAGUAGACCCGGAGCCAGUAGUCCCAGUAGACCCAGAGCCAGUUGUCCCAGUAGUCCCAGUAGACCCAGAGCCAGUUGUCCCAGUAGUCCCAGUAGACCCAGAGCCAGUAGUCCCAGUAGACCCAGAGCCAGUAGUCCCAGUAGACCCAGAUCCAGUUGUCACAGUAGACCCAGAGCCAGUUGUCCCAGUUGUCCCAGUAGUCCCAGUAGACCCAGUCCCAGUAGUCCCAGAUGGUAAGAAGACCUGCGACUGCUGGACUCCAGAAUGUGGUUUCUGUUCAAACCCAGAAUGCUCUGUCAAGCUGAUUGGUGGGCUCGCCGGCUCUAAAGGUAUUGGAGUACGCUCCUUCCUCCACAAAAGAAAAGUCAAGACCAUCGUCAUGUAUAAAAAUGAUGGAGAUUCAAUCGGACAGUUCCAGUGGAGUUUGAACAGGAUCUCAAUGUCCGGCUGUGUCAGCUGUCACACACCUCAACGCAUAAGGUACAAGGUAAAGGGGCUUCCUGUCGGAACUGUUGGCUGGAGAUUUGCCAUCAACGAUGGAGUUGUUGAGCUUAGUGUUGAGGGUGAGAUCUUGUUCACCUCGAAGCUGACAAGACAAUGUGCGGAGGUAUACGGAGACGUGAAAAGCUUCUCUUUUACCGGAAUGAGCUGCAAGGGCUCGUUUGCCUACGCUUCUGAGGAAAUGAAACUUGCAACUAUCUGUGGUGGAGCUGAUAAAUGCCCCACCAACGCAUAAUUAGCAUCAUAAUUAGUACAGUUAAUGCUAAUUAACGUGUUUUCAAUGGAAAAAUGAACAGUGAACUGGUUUAAGCUUAAAAUGUGUCGUGCAUGAACCCAGCAAACCCCACAAUUUCAAAAUCAUGGAGACUAUGUCUAGAAGAGUUGAAAUAAAUGUCUAUAUUUUUGGAAAAAAUGUUUAAAUUAUUUUAUAAAUAACAUCAA